AUGUCCCUCAUCCCCCGCACCCGCAUCCUCGACCUCCUCAAAGUGCAAUGCCGCAUCUUCAACACCACCUUCAACCCCACCGGCCAACGACUCGGCAACAAAGUUUUGCGCCAACGACUUCGAGGCCCCGCUCUCGCAACCUACUACCCUCGACGCGUGGCGACGUUUGUGAAUUUGAAACGCAUGUAUCCCGGAUAUGAGCUGUAUGAUGAUUUUGAGGAGGAUCGGUUGGAGCAUUUGCAGAUUGCGAAGUCGAGAGGGAAGGGCGCGCCGAAGAAGAAGAAUUCGAAGAAUGAAACGAGAAGGGGACCGAAGAAGAAGCGUUAG